AUGGAGAGAGCUGUGCUGCAAAUCACCCUCUGUGGGCUGCUGCUGGCUUUGGUUACCACACUGCCAAACAAGGACGACUGGGACAUCUACAGCUUUCACAUCAACUCUACAGUGACCAGUCGUUAUGCCACCACCGUGAUCACGAGCCGUGUGGCCAAUCGUAUGGAUGAGUCAAAGGAAAUUGAAUUCCAGGUCCGGAUUCCCAAGAACGCCUUCAUCAGUAAAUUUAGAAUGUUUAUAGAUGGUCAGGAGUACAAUGGAGUUGUGAAAGCUAAGGAGCAAGCUCAGCAGCAGUACACUGAGGCUGUGUCCCGUGGCCAAAGCGCUGGGCUGGUCAGCUCUGUUGGGAGGACCCUCGAGGAAUUUAAGACCUCUGUGACUAUAGCUGCUCACAAAAAAGUCACCUUUGAGCUCACAUAUGAGGAACUGCUGAAACGUAAGCUUGGCAAGUACGAGCUGCAAAUCCACGCUCGACCCAUGCAGCCUGUCAAAGACUUCAAGGUUGAUGUAUACAUUAAUGAGAAAGCUGGCAUCAAUUUCAUCGAAGUUAAAGGAGGACUAAGCACUAAAGCCCUGGCUAAUGCCAUCACCAAAACACAUGCAGACAAACAGGCGUGGGUGUAUUUCUACCCGACAGAGGACCAACAGAAAACAUGUGACGGCUGUGGAGAUCAGGGUAUGAAUGGAGACCUGGUUAUUGUUUACGAUGUCAACAGGGACAACUCAAUGGGAGACAUCAAGAAAUCAGCUGGAUACUUUGUUCAUCACUUUGCUCCAUCUAAUCUUCAACGCAUACCAAAAAAUGUUGUCUUCAUCAUUGAUCAAAGUGGCUCAAUGCACGGCAGGAAAAUCCAUCAGACCCGCAUAGCAUUGAUCCAUAUCUUGAACGACCUGGCAGAAGACGACUACUUUGGUCUUAUCACUUUUGAUAGCAACAUUUUUCACUGGAAACGAGAACUUGUUCAGGCCAACAAAGAAAACGUGGAUAGCGCCAAGACAUUUGCACAGGAAAUCAGAGAUAGAGGAGCCACUGACAUUAACCAAGCCGUGCUGGAAGGAGCACGCAUGCUGAAUGCACAUCCCAGAGAAGGUUCAGCAUCUAUCCUUAUACUUCUCACUGAUGGAGACCCAACCACAGGGGUCACAAAUCUCAAGCAAAUACAGUCAAAUGUAAGAGAUGCUAUUCAAGGCAAGUUUCCACUCUACUGUCUCGGUUUUGGUUUUGAUGUCAAUUUUGAGUUCCUUGAGAAGAUGUCGCUGCAGAACAAUGGUGUGGCUCGACGGAUUUAUGAAGAUUCUGAUGCUGAUUUACAGUUGAAGGGGUUCUAUGAAGAGGUGGCCACUCCUCUGUUGACAGAUGUGUCAAUGAUCUAUGUUGGUGGGACCAAUCUAACCCAGACUAACUUCAGCCACUAUUAUAAUGGCUCUGAGAUUGUGGUGGCCGGCCAGAUCACCGACAACGACAUUGAAACCUUUGCCCCACAAGUUGUUGCCAUUUCGAGCCAAAGAAGGGUGGUGUUUUCUGACACAAACGUCACUGUGGAGUCUACUGAUGGAGUGUCUGACAGCCACAUCCAAAGGGUCUGGGCCUACCUCACAGUCAAGCAGCUUCUGGACAAAGAGCUGCAGUUGUCUGGACCUGAGAAGAAGAAUGUGAAGAAAGAGGCCUUGAGCCUGUCACUGAAGUACGGCUUUGUGACCCCACUCACAUCCAUGGUGGUCACCAAGCCUCUGGGGGAGAACACAGAUGUGCUCGAUAAACCAAAAGAAGGUGAAACACCGCAGGCAACCCCAUCAUUACAUGGUCGAACCAUGCAGUACCCAGGGAUGAUGAUCCCUUCCAGAGACUUCGCUUUGAGGACAGGACCAGAUGAUUACCCAGUGAGUGCUGUUAAUACACAACCACGCGUUACGUCUAGAGCGGGGACUGCUAAACGUAAACACAUGAAGUCUGGAGUCAGUGCAGGUUAUUUGAGACCAUACACGGAACAAGUACGUGUGAUUCCCAAAGGUUCUGCUUUUUAUGAUAUGCCCAUUGCGCUAGACGAUACUGAAUGGUUCGAAGAGGCUGCUACCGUGGUGCCACAGAGAGCAACUACUGGUCCAGUUUUCCACAGGUUUUUGCUGAAAUCUGAGAAUCAGUCUCUUCCACUAUGCUUUGAUGUUGCUGGAGAAGUCCUCCUUAAAUUACUUCACCAUCCCACCAGGGAGCUGUCUGUGAACGGUGAGCUUGAUUCAGUAGCGCACGGGGGCUUCAAAAGGAUCGUCAUCCACUUUCAGACUGACCAGCAUAUUCAGAUUGACACCAAUGGAAUCACUGUACGGGAGGGACAGACAGAAACACAGCACACAGGACUGGAUCUCAUCACCGCUGGAAGUGUUACAGUGAUUAGGCGGGACAAGGAAAUAGAUGUUGCGGCCGGAGACGUACGCAUGGUCAUCUUAAUUCAAGAGAAAGGACACCAACAAUUCCUCUGGCCGGUUUUAAGACAGAAGCCAAUGGACUCCAAUGCCACAGGAAUUUUAGCUCUGAAGCCAGCAGUUUAUGAGGAGGUGCCGCAAACUCCCUUAACAAAACUGAAAAUCAGCAACCAGGAGACAGAUGUUACCCGAUCCAAUGCUGUUGACUACAGUAUUCUCUCUUCCCCGACUCUGGACUGCUGGCUCAUGUCUGCUGAGUCUGCUCUGCAGAGACACCUGGACGAUUUCACCGUUUCACAACUGUAGCUGGGAAACAUUAUGAAACUCUUGCAAAGAUUUCAUUUAAAAGAAUAAUACUGAUUCAUCAUGGGAAAAAUACCUUCCACUUGUUUCUAACAUGAACAAAUAAAUAGUAUCCCAGAUCUCUGGUUGUCUUGUAGUAACUUAAUAUUUAGCAGAAGGGUUUGUCAGAUGAUUCAUUUGUUUGAAAUAAUUCUUCAGUUUUAAGAAUAAAAAGAAAGGGAAAAUAGAAGAUCAAAAAUUUACUGAAUGGUGGUGUUUGGUCUGUAUGGCACCAACCUACCUUUUAAAAUGGCAUGAAUACACACAGCUGUUAAUAGUAGCCAUCAAUGCUACACCUUUAUUAUUCACAGAAAAAUGAAAUGCUAAAAUCGUGUAAUUAGAA